AACAAAGAGCUAUUCAGUCGGUUCGGCAACAAUCACCUCGACCUUGGCCUAGAACUUUGCCUGGUCCCACAGAAAGGGGCAAGCCGGUGAGGAAUUUUCUUUCAUUCCUCUCACUUUUUGAUGAUCCAAAUACAGCUCAAUCGUCUAUUAUCCCCACUUCUAUCCCCACUUCAUCUGCUCCCACUGUUAUUACCGAGCCAGAACAUAUGGUUGAGCCUGUGACGGUUCCCCCCGUUCAAGUCCUGGUUGAUUCUGCCCUAGUCUCUCCUGUUCAAACUCACAUACAAGCUACUACUUCUGAGCCCAUCACAACUCCAGCUGUCAUUCCAGAGCCUGAAAUCAUUCUUUCUCACGAACCGACCUCCAAGAAAUGCAAAGUUUUAGAAUCUGACAUUGCUAGUUUUGAGCCCGCUGUCCCUCAUUUUAGACCUAUUUAG